AUUAGUUGAUUUGAUUUUGGUACGCCCAGAAGGCUUAGAGAACUCCAUUGAACGUCACAAUCGAAAUUAUAUUUCAUCAACGUAAAAGCCAAAUUUUUUUGUAAACGGAGAAAAUUCGAUUUUCAAAUGUCGCUUAGAAAAUCAGACAUUAGCCAACUGGUGAUCCAGUGCAUAGACGCCGUGGGUGGCUCUGCCCCCAAGUCGGUCAUCCUGAGCGCGGUGAGCACAGCCACGAGAAUCAAAUUCAGGGGAUUGGACAGGAAAAUUGAAGACGCUCUUAAUAAGCUCAUCGUUCGAUGUAUCAUAUGAUCCACGAACAUGACGGCAACUAUUAUAUUAAACAUGCAAGGGAUGAGAUAACAGCAAGUGACAGUCACAGUGGCAAUGAAGAUUCAGAUUGACUUCGGAUUUAGAGAAUAAGCUGAAAAGCUCGACAAAUUCGGAUGUAUUCAAAUAUUUGAACAACUAAAUUCAAACACUUCAAGUGGAGCGAUAAAUAAAAGAAUAAUUAAAUGUAAAUUCAU